AGUUGAUAGCCGACCUUAGUCUCAUGCGAUUUCAAUCGGAAAGUAAAUGUAGUUUAUUUAUAUAAAUUGGUGUAAUUGAUAUUUAUCUAAAGCCCCCACACUAUAUAAUUAUGAGUUAAAUAUAGAAAUACAUGGUUUAUUGCUCUCAAUGUGUUUUUAUUGAGUUGAUAGCAGACCUUAGUCUGUCGUGAUUUUAAUUAAAAAGUUAAGAUGAUCGUGGACUUAAAUUAUCUAGUGUUUUUGUUUUCGUUUGUGAUACGUACAAAUAGUUUAAAUAUUUUAAUACUAUUUCCAACAGCAGCUAACAGUCACUUUCUCGUUUUUGAACCAAUGUUUCAAGAGCUUGCAAAAAGAGGGCAUAAUCUUACAAUUUUAACAUCUAGGCAUAGACUGUAUACUCACGAGAACAAAACACUUUUAUACUCGAUAAAGGAUGAAAAAACCUACAUGGUAAAACCAAUUUUACCAAUGGAUUUCUUUAAAGGAAGAAGAACAGAGAUGUAUAAGGAACAGUUUUUACUAGCUUCAAUAACUGAAAGCACGUGUGAAAGGUUUCUCAGUAGUGAGUAUGUGAAAAACUUUUUAAAAGAAUCCAACAGCUAUGACGUAGUCAUUGCAGAAGUAUUUGGGUCUCACUGUUAUUUUGGUCUCGCUAAGAGAUACAACGCACCUGUGAUUGGCCUUUCCUCCACCGAUUUACUGCCAUGGAUGUACCAGUGGUACGGUAGCCCUGAGAAUCCAUCUUAUAUACCAGUUCUUUUUAUGGACUACUCUGACAAAAUGAACUUUUUUCAAAGAGUGGAAAAUACGUUAAUGCUAAUAUUUUCCAAACUAGUUCACCUUUACUAUAUAGCUCCUACAGGGAAUGAGUACUCUAAAAAGUACCUAGGUGUAGAUCUUUUCGAAGGAGGAGAUAUUUUAUACAACAUGAGUUUAUUGUUAACUAAUAGACACUAUACGUACCAAACUCCAAAACCCUUAUCUCCAAAUAUAAUUGAAGUAGGAGGAAUUCACUUGGGAAAACCAAAGAAGUUACCAGAGUCACUGGAUAAACUUGUGAGCGGUGCACCAAGUGGAGUCAUACUAAUCAGCAUGGGCUCAACACUUAAGGGUAGUACAUUUCCAGAAGAGCAGAGAAAAAUGUUCCUCAAAGUUUUUUCGCAGUUAAAAUACACUGUUAUAUGGAAAUGGGAAAAUGAUACUAUGGAGGGAUUACCAUCCAAUGUGAAAACACACAAAUGGUUGCCUCAGUUUGAUUUAUUGUGUCAUCCUAAUCUAAAACUCUUUAUUACCCAUGGAGGACUUUUGGGAGGACAGGAAGCUGUCUAUUGCGGAGUACCAAUGUUAAUUCUUCCACAGUUUGCCGAUCAACACUUGAACGCAGCUGCUUUAGAAAAAACUGGAGCUUCUUUACAUAUUAAACUAAGAACUGCAACAGAAAAAUCUUUGACAGAAGCUAUUAAUAAAGUACUAACACCACAGUUUGCCCAGAAUGCCAAACUAUUAUCAGAAAGAUUCAAAGAUAGACCGAUGUCCCCAAUGGACACCGCCAUUUAUUGGAUCGAAUAUGUUGCCAAGUAUAAAGGAGCUCCUUUUAUGAGGACUGCUGUAACAGACAUGCCUUUUUAUCAGUAUUUACUUCUAGAUGUGAUUGGCUUUUUGAUUUUACUAGCAGCAAUUUUUAUUUAUGUAUUUUAUUUUUGUAUAAAACGAAUAAUAAGACUGGUUAUUAAGACGUCACCACAAUCAAAGAUAAAAAAACAUUAAAAUUAUUUAGACAAUUGUAGUAUAAU